AUGUCUGAGAAUUCUUUUAGUAGACUAAGCAUACCACGAGAGAUGCGCAAAAUUAUAGAUGCUGCAAAUACGACAGAUGGAGAGUUGAGAGAAAACCCUAGUUUAAUGAGACGUAUUAACUUAGAAAGAAAACUGAGAGAAGAGAGUCGAUGGGAGGUCCCAAUGCAGCGUAAUAUAAAGGAUCAUCUAUACCACAAUGUUCCUAUGUACCUCUUGAAUAGAACAGUUGGAGAGUAUAGUGACAUGGCUUACUUUUUUAAUAAACUUUACAAUGUUCAUGGUGUCGGGAGUGCUUUUAAUCAACCGCCAUUAUAUGAAAAUCAUGAAAUCGUAACUUCUGGCUUCAUCAAUGACAUAUAUUCAGGGAGAUUGAGCCCAGAAGAUGCUCAAAAGAAACUUAGCUCGUACUCUGCAGUCCCCAAACAACAAGAAUUAAACAGAAUUCCAACUCAACCUGAAAUAAUGGACGCAGUAGGUAAAAAAUUGGAACGCCCACUUAAAAAUUUCGAUACACUAGAUGCAAGUGUUAUAAGAAGUGAAAUGACCAUCCAAGAAGAUCAUCCGUCCACCCUAUCGACGGAUCAUAUUGAGCCAAAUAUCAAAUCAUUAAGAGAUCAGUCAUCUGAAAGGAAAGGAGAGUUGGAUAUGAAUGCACCUUCUCCCUUAGUUCAAAACGUCAUGAAGGAAUAUACAACAAAAUUUUCGACAAUUACCAAAGCUGUGCAAGAUGAACCAAAGCAAAAGGUGACAUCCAAACCUAUUAAACCAAUCACCAAAUAUAUGCACGAUGGCCCAAAGGAAAAUAUAACGCUUAAAACUGCUCAAUCGAACACUCCAGGGUUGAAUAUGGAUCAUAGUCAAGAUGUUCAGAAGGAAAAUUCGAGCAAGGCUGCAAAUCAUGCUUCAACCGUCACAAUGGAUUCUCCAUCGACUGAUCCUGUACCGAAAGAGAUGGUUGGGCUACAAAAUAUGAAUCCAACAUUACCUAACUGUCAAAGUGAAGAGAACCCAUCUGAAGCAUUAGUUCAAAAUACUGAUAUCACAACUACUGAAAAUGUUAAAACGACGGAGGACGGUCAAAUCAAGUUCCAACCCAGCAAAUUCCAAAUACCAAUUACACAGAACCAUAUAAAUGCUACAAAGAAUGAAAUUGAGACAAAUAAAAUGGAGAACAAUGGAAUACCUACAAUGGAUGAGAAGAUUUCUACAAUCACUGAAAAAGAUAAUAGGGUAGAGACUAAUUCUACUAUGAACCCACCCGAAGUAUCUUUAAAAUCAAUGAUAACGGACCGUAUCAGUGCAACAGGAGACACACCACAAACGAAGAACCUGCCAACAGAAGAUAUCACCCAAGAUAUUAUAAUACCACAGACCGAUAGUUACUCUACAUACGGGAAUAAAGACAAAUCUAAAACAUCAAAUGAUAAAACCAAAAUCAUACCCAACACAGAAAGUAUUCAAAUACCUCAAAGGGAUUCACAGUCACGAUAUAUUUCAUUAGCUAAUAAUAUACAACUUCGAGAAAAACCCCUCAAACCGUCGUCACAGCAAAACGAAAACGAUGUCGACGCCAAAACCAAAACCAAAGCCAAUAAUAGUCUAACGAGGGUACCUCCUGAAAAUGCCGUUUUAAUAGACACCAAGGAUAGAAUAAUUCCAUUAAAGACUACCUACAACAUCCAACAAUCACCAGAGAAUCAAUCAGCAAUCAAAAAUGAGAUAAUUAACCCGGAUAUUGGUACGGAGAAUACCACAAUCAUUACUCCCAGACAAACUGAGAUUGAAAAUGCAAAUGCGACUAAAAUGGAUAUUUUGAAAGGCAAGACUCUUGUUGCUCAUAAUAGCAUAUCUCCACAAAAUAAUUGGGUGGAAGGCUCUAGUAUUCAGGAAACAGCGGCGCUUGAAUCUGCAAAAAAUAACAGUAAUAACUAUUCAAUUCCAUCUAAUGAUUCAAAAACAGCAAACAGUAAGACAAUUAGCGUGGGUACAGAUCUAGUAACUGUAGAUGUUACGCUUCCUGAGAUUUCUGAAAAAGAAGAAAGGAAGAGGAAAGCAGUUGAUAUUAUUGGAAAGGUGCCUAAGAAGAGGAAAGAAUCAACUACCUCGGAUAAGGAGGUUGAUAAUAUAAACAUCACCACCCAGCAAGAUAAUGUAUUAAACAGCAUUAAAAGUAGUACUUUUACAAUACAAUCACUACUGGGGAAUAUUCAUGAGGAUAGUCGAGUGGAUGAGUCAAACCAAGAGGAAGAAUAUGACAUGGACCUUGCACAGUCACCAGAUCACUUUCCAAUGUCAUCACCCCCUGCUUCACCUAGAGAUGAUCUAUCCGAAAAUGAAGACUAUAUUAUCAAUAAGUCAGAUACCGUAGAUAUACUUGGUCAUAAUGAAGAGGACCGUGAUACAAAUGAUGAUAGCGACUCUCCCUCGAAUCAUAAUGAUAAUGAAAAUGAACGUUUACCAAAAGCAUUAAAGAGGAUGAAUGAACUUGCAAAGAAGUAUGGUCUAUAUGAAUAA